CUCUUCACUUUGAAGCUGCUUCUGCGCUGUCCGGGGUCGGGUCGGAAAAUCCACGCGGAGCCGCCAUUUGCGUCACCGCAGGCGAUCUGCUCUGAUCGGCCGGACGUACAUACCUGAACCUCCGUCCGUCUCUCUCUCUUCUCAACUCCUCGAGCUCUGUUCGUCACACCUCGCUACUCUUUGACUCCUCUCUCUUUGCUUGUUACUCUAGGCUGGAAAUUCUAUGAGGUAGCUUCUCUGAGCUUCCCCUUCCACAGUUUCGGUUCACGCAGCUUCGCAUAAUACCCUACAGCUAGCUCGCGUUCGUCAUGUUUCGGUCUGGCUACUGGGAGGAUGACCCGAUGGAGGGAGUUCUCGGUUCAAGUAUGCUUCGUCAUGGAGCAGCCCGUCGUUUCGAUGAAUACUAUCGAUGCUACCCUGUUGCGAUGAUGCCCGGGCCCGAGAGAGAAAACGUUAACCACGGCGGCAAGGUCAUCAUGCCGCCUAGCGCCUUGGACAAGCUGACUCGUCUUCAUAUCACGUACCCGAUGUUGUUCGAGCUUCACAAUGGUGCCAGAGAAAGAAUGACUCAUGCGGGUGUUUUAGAAUUCAUCGCGGAGGAGGGGAAGAUAUAUUUGCCAUUCUGGUUAAUGCAAACGCUUCUUUUGGAGCCUGGCGACCUAGUCCAGGUCAAGUCCACCGAUCUCCCGCCGGGCCAAUUCAUUAAAUUGCAGGCCCAGUCAACCAGUUUCCUUGAUAUCAGUGAUCCCAAGGCCGUGUUGGAGAAUGCCUUCCGCAACUUCUCGUGUUUGACCAAGGGUGAUGUCUUUACAUUCGGCUACAAUGACCAGGUUUACGAGAUGGCUGUUUUGGAAACCAAGCCCUCCACCAAAAGCAACGCUAUUUCAGUCCUAGAAACCGACCUAGAAGUCGACUUCGCGCCUCCGGUAGGCUACGAGGAGCCGCAGCGUCCCAGUGGAACCAGUACGCCUCGCAGCGGAGUGAGCGGGAAGCUACCGUCCGGAGGUCUGCUACAUCCGCAUGGAACCAUGGCCCAGUCGAUAAACUAUGCUGCCAUCGCACCCGAGUCGACAGACGCCGCUACCGGGGCACGAGCUGUGUCAUCGAACUUCCUAGUCGGUGGACAGCGCCUGAACGCUAAGAAGGGCAGUAAAACCCCGACGCCCAAACCGUCCACGCCUGCGCCUGGCGCCACCAACCCUCAGCAUCCUGUCCCGGUGAGGAGAACCAAUGGACCGCAGCCUCUUCGACUGCCUCCGAAUCAGCUUUUCUUCGGGUAUGCAAUCAAGCCUGUGAAGAAGCGCGAUGAGAGCGGGCAGGUGGUUGAAGGAGAUAAACCCCGAUUCCAGGGCUCAGGGCAAACUCUGAGGGGGAAGAAGAAGGACACCAGUGGCUCCGCCACGCCUAGUUAGCAAGGCCAAGCCAACAUUUCUACGGGGCAUCGCGAGUCCGGGGAUGUAUCACGGGCAUUGAGACACAAGCCCUCGUAUCAGCUCCUAGGUUCGGCACUUUGCUGGGAUUGAACGACAAACUCAUGAGUGAUUGACAGCGGCGCGGGACAAAAGCAGGACGGAUUUAGAGCAUAGCGAGGACUGGCGUUUAACAGGUUUUAGCUUUAGUACCAAUCAUGAUCGAGGUUUGCUUUUUCGCUUCCGAUACCAAGUCAAAGGGAGCCAUGCGCACCACCGUUAUGUGAAAACUUCAUAGUCAUUCAUGUAUGUGGGCCUG